CCAAUUUUCUUUAUCAGCAAGAAUGAGAAAGCUCGGUCUACUCUUAUUAUUAGUCUAUGGUCGAACGCAACCGAGAUCAAAUCAAAUCAAAUUUUCUUUAUUACAUUACAAUUUGGCUGUUUACGUACACGUGUUUACUUUCGGUAUGGCGCUUUAUAUAAAGCCUCCAAAAGGAACAGUGUCUUUUCGGAAUCUCCGCAAUUAUGUCACAAAGAGGCUAUUAUUUUUGUGUUGUUUGAAAGGAAAAUCUAUACAUGAAAUCACAAGUGCUAUUACAGAAGAAGGGCUGGCUGAGGCUUCUGAAUGUCUGAUCGAAGGAUCCAUGAAAGACAGAAUUUCCCACUUUACACUUAGGCUUUUGUGUGCAUCUGAUUUGGAACUCAGCAAUUUUUUUAUUCAGAGAGAAACAGAAUUAUUUAUUUAUCGAUUGCAGUUUUAUGACCAAGGAACAAUAUAUAAAAUGUUGCAGAUUGCCUAUAAGCAAAGUAUCGAGGUCCUUGAAAAGGGACUAUUUCUAACACAAGGCUACCACUGUGCUCUAAAAAAUUUAAAUACAAUUUUUGAAGAAAUGCAGAAUGCAUAUAAAAGCGGGUGUCAUCAGAUUAAUGUUCAUUUUACUGCAGCUUUGAAGUUUGUUAGUGAGCGUUCAUGCUACCUUCACAUGGGAUAUGUUAGAAUACCAUUAGAAAAAAUCAGAAUUCUUCUUUCAUCAAACUUUCAAGAAAUUCUUACUCAAGGACUUACACAAAUGCAAUCUUCUGUUUGCAUGCAAGAGUUAGAGGAUCCUCGAAUCAAAUCAAUGAGGCAAGAUGUCUUAAGAUGGUUUUAUCAGCCGAUGAACUCUUCUUCCAUUUCACAAUCAAAAUUGAGGCCCAUCAACAUUACCAAUUUAUCAUGUGAAAGUAUGAAAUUUCCGUUGUGCAUGGCAAAUUUACAUGAGCAGUUAGUUAAACAUCACAGGCUCAGACACUUUUCAAGGAUUCAAUACACCCUUUUCCUCAAAGAAAUUGGACUUUCUUGUCAGGAUGCUAUUUCAUUAUUUAUGAAAGAGUAUUCUCUACCUUCAGACAAAAAAUGUAGGACUAACAGCAGUUGCUCUCAUUCAUGGUCUGAAAAUAGAAACCGUUAUAUAUACAGUAUUGAACAUUUGUAUGGGAAAAAAGGAGCUGGAAAAGAUUAUAAAGGGCAUAGUUGUCAUUCUCUGCAAAGACAACAUAGUAAUAGCUUUGGGGAUGGAGGGUGCCCUUUUGUAAGCUUUGAUGCUGAUAACUUAGAAAAAUCUCUCAAGUCAUAUAAGUUUGAGAUGCCAGAUAUUGAAGACAUAAAAUCUUUGGUAUCAGAACAGAAAUACAAUGAAGCAUGCUUUAGGUGCUUAAAGACCAACCUAAGCAGGCAUUAUCAACCAAAUACUACUAUGGGAAAAACUAAAAUUUCUUCUUGCAACUUUUCUAGCAAUCAUAUGAUUAUCAAUAACUAUAUUCCUGCAAAGAAGUGUAGUGUAAAUAACAGUAUUUGGGAUGACUCUUUUUUGCAAGCUCCUACUAGACCUUCAAAUUAUUAUUUUACACUCUCAAACUUUGGUGACUUUUUUUCUAAUAAGUGAACGAUUCUCUUUCAUACUGGUACUGGUGAAAUAGUAUUGUGCAGUCUACUCCAGUUGUGUGAAAAAGUGAAAUUAUUUGUAUUACAUAACAUUAAGAAGUUUGAAUAUUUAUUAUUUUAGUGGAGAAAGUUAUUUUUUAAGUUUAUUUUUAAUUAAUUUAUUUUUUAUGGUGCUUUGUUAUUCUGGUACCUAGUAUUUUGAGAUUUCCACUGCUGGAUGAGAUCAAUCUCAAAGCAGCUUUUUCUUUUGAUUUGGCUUUGUUUGAUUAUCCAUGUUUUCUAAAGAUUUUGCAUUUAUUUUCUGUUUGGGCUGUUACUUUGUUUGCCACUACUUUCCUAUAUGUUCUUUACUUAAUUAACUGCUGCU